AUGCAUGUGGAUCUUCAGCACAUGUGUGAUUCAGCAAUGUAUUCGAACAAUUCGUAUCUGGCCAACCCCACUCACAAACUUGUCCUUCGCUGCCGCUCUUGGUCUUAUUUCAAAUUAAAAGGUUUAAUGGUUAUGAAGCUUCUGCUACUUUUGAGUUGUAUCGCAAUUGGCUACGCUGAAGACAAGGAAGCGAAGGACUGUGAUGCACCCACACACUCACCUGGUUUACAGUGCUUUGCUCAAUACAAGAGAUAUACCUUCAACAAAGCAAUAGGAAAAUGCGAAGAGUUUGAAUACGGUGGUUGCAAUCCAUCUGCUAACAACUUCAAGACAAUGGAAGAAUGCAUUGCGACUUGUGUGAAAAAGUAUUAACGAUAAGAAAGUUUUUUUGUUCAGCAAGUCACAGCUUCUAUGAAAUAUAAUGUCUUUCCUUAUAAGCGCAUCGUAUUCAAAAA